AUGGCAGAGAUCGACAGUUUGAGAGAUGAAAUCGGUAGUUUGAGAACUCAACUCAACGAGUUGCAACAACGAGGUGGCGAGGCGAGUGGUAGCCAAGGUCAAAACAGUCAAAGCGGUCAAAAUGGUCAACCGAACCAAAUUGCACAACCGACGGCAAAUGUGUAUCAGGUAACGGAGAUGGUAAAAAUGCAAGCGUUUUACGAGAACGAUCCUGAACUGUGGUUCACGGUAAUUGAAUCGCAAUUUGCCGCACGAAAAAUAACCAGCGAAAGAACGAGAUAUUUGCAAGUCGUAGCAAAUCUGAAUUGCACAACGGCAUCGUUGGUGAAGGAUGUAAUCAAAUCGACGUUCGCAGAAGGCCAUUACGACAAGUUAAAAACCGCAUUGAUUGCAAUUUUUGCGGAAAGUUCGACAGAAAAAUUUCAAAAAUUGAUUUCAAACACGGAAAUUGGUGAGAUGAAACCAUCGCAAUUUCUGCACCACAUGAGAUCAUUGGCCGACAAUACAAUCAGUGAAGCGUUGGUUAAACAGUUAUGGAUUCAACGUUUGCCAACGUCGUCUCGUGCCGUUUUAUCAGCAUCAAGCGACGCAUUGGACAACCUUGCAAAAAUGGCUGAUAAAAUGUGGGAAGUAUCGGACAGAUUCAGCAUUUCCAGUGUGAACGCCGAAAACGGUGAAAAGUCAGUCAUCGAAAAACUCACCAGAGCAUUGGAACGAUUAACGAACAAAGUUGAUGCACUGGAACGAAAGGAGCAUGUUUCUCGUCGUGACAACACACCGCAUCGCAAUCGAAACCGUUCGAGCAGCAGACAGAGUACGAAAAGCGGUGGAAAGAGCGAGCACGAACUGUGUUGGUACCACUACAAAUACGGCAACGAAGCGAAGAAUUGUCGUGAGCCAUGCAAAUACACAGGCAAGUCAAAAAACGAAUAA